AUGGAGACUGCUUCUCUCCACUGGGGGGAUGAGUCUCAGUUUAAUGUUUUUCCAAAACUCAAACCUUCUCAGUCAAAUGUAAAUGGUGCUGAAGUCCAAUGGGGACACUCUCUACCUGAGAAGCCAUCACCAUCAUCACAGACAGUUUGCAACCUGCAUGACGGUUUGGACCCUGUGUCAACAGGGCUGGAUCCCACAAAGAAACUUUCUCUAAGUUGGAAGAGACCUUAUGUGGUUGGCGCUGGGCUUCAGAAUAUGGGGAACACCUGCUAUGUGAAUGCGGCACUGCAGUGUCUGACAUACACACCACCCCUGGCGAGCUAUAUGCUGUCCCAGCAGCACUCGAAAACCUGUCAGAAUCAGAGAUUCUGCACGCUGUGUGCUAUGCAAGCUCAUAUUACCCGGGCCCUCUAUCAGCCUGGAGGUGUUCUCCAGCCCCUGCCAGAGCUUGUUACUGGCUUCCACAGACACCAGCAGGAAGAUGCCCAUGAAUUUCUGAUGUUCACUAUGGAUGCCAUGCAGCAAGCAUGCUUGCGUGAGUACAAGCACGUAGACCACCACUCUGAUGACGACACCCUAAUCCGUCAAAUAUUUGGAGGAUAUUGGAGAUCUCAAAUCCAGUGUCUCCACUGCCAUGGCGUUUCAAACACUUUUGACCCUUACCUGGACAUUACCCUGGAUAUCAAGGCAGCCAAGAGUGUGAACCAAGCCUUGGCACAAUUGGUGAAGCCGGAAAAGCUGGAUGGUGAAAAUUCGUAUUAUUGUAGUUUGUGUCUAAAGAAGGGGCCUGCUUCCAAGACGUUGACUUUGCACACUUCCUCCAAGGUUCUUAUCCUUGUAUUGAAACGGUUCUCAAAUUUCACAGGCAGCAAAAUGCCUAAGGAAGUGCAAUAUCCUGAGUAUCUUGACAUGCAUCAAUACACAUCUCAGCAGAACGCAGGACCUCUCAUUUACAUACUCUAUGCCGUGCUGGUCCACGCUGGGUGGAGUGGUCACAACGGACACUACUUCUGUUACAUAAAAGCUGGAAACGGCCAGUGGUAUAAAAUGGAUGAUGCUAAAAUCACCGCCUGUGACAUUACUUCCGCCCUGAACCAACAGGCCUAUGUCCUCUUUUACAUCCAGAAGAGUGAAUUAGAGAGAGGCAGUGGGAGUGUGUCAAUAGGUGGGGAACAAAGAUGCGUCAUGUCUGACCAUAUGGGCAUGGUUGCAGCCCAGUGGGAGCCUGAAAGAGACUCUAGCAUCACAAUUCCUGAGUCAGAGGAGCACACAGAAGACACAUCAAUCAAGCAAGUCACCUUAGACCAGUGGAGAUUCCAGCAAGUACACAACCUUCCAAAGCCUGAAUUCAACCUCAGGAAAAUAGAUCCUGCCCUGCCUGCCCAUGCGAUUGUGAUUCACCAGUCAAAAUACAGAGAUGGGAUGAAAAAGAAUGAUCCUGAACAGGAAAACUACCCUCUCAACAAGUCAGCCAGGGAGAUCUCAGCUCAGGGGUUGAUGAACGUUGGCAAAGUCCCUUGUCUUGGAGGGAGAGCCAGAGCUACCAAGAGGAGGAACAAGAAAGGGCAGAGGUCUCUGGAUGUAUUCCAGUCAUCUCACUACAGGCUUUGA